AUGGAAUAUGCUAUUGCGACAUAUGCGCUUUUCAAACUCGGCGCUAUACUGGUGCCUCUUAAUCCCUCGUUCAAUACGGUUCAAGUCGUAUCAGCGUUGAGCCAUUUGCAGGCAAGUCAUCUCAUCAUCAGCUCAGAAUCAAACCUGCCGCGAAAAGAGCCUCGGAGCAAUCUGCCUCUUCUCCAGCACCUCGUGCAAGAUCUCGGUGCCUUGAAGCUGCAGUCUGCCCUUGUGCCCACCCUACGGAACAUUAUUCUGGUCGAUAACGCGUCCGGGCGCUUUGACGGCUCUUCAUACCGGAGUCUGACACCAUAUGCGUCCGUAAUUUCCGAGGCAACAGCAGACGAGGCGCCUCUGGCACCCCGGGGCCUCUCUCCCCACGACAUUGUCAAUAUUCAAUUCACAUCUGGGACCACUGCCAUGCCCAAGGCUGCCUGCCUGAGCCACCGCUCCAUCUUGAACAACGGUGCCCAGAUCGGCGACCGGAUGCGCCUCACCCCAGAAGACAUUGUCUGCUGCCCACCACCGCUAUUCCACUGCUUCGGAUCCAUCCUGGGGUACAUGGCGACUGCCACCCACGGCUCAGCUAUCGUCUUUCCCACUGAGUCAUUUAACGCAAAAGCUGCGCUCAGGGCGGUGCAGGAGGAGAAAUGUACUGCGUUGUACGGCGUGCCGACCAUGUUCCUGGAGGAGCUGGGGCUGCUGCAGGACGGCGAGGUAUCAUCGGAGGGGUUCCAGUACUUACGCACGGGCAUCGCCGCGGGAAGUAGUAUUCCCGCGGAGCUAAUGAAGAAACUUCACAAGACGUUGAACCUUACGGAGCUGACGAUCUGCUACGGCAUGACGGAGACCAGCCCCGUGUCCGCCAUGACCACCACCGACGACCCCAUCGAGAAGCGCAUCAACACUGUGGGCAGACUCAUGCCGCACGUGGAGGCCAAAGUGGUUGACCCAGCAGACCGGAGUCGCACCUUGCCUAUUGGUGUCCGCGGCGAACUCGCCGUCAGCGGGUACUUGCUCAUGAAGGAGUACUGGGAUGAUCCGGAGAGGACCACAGAGGUGAUGUUUCCAGACGUGAAGGGAAAGGUCUGGAUGCAUACUGGCGACGAGGCGUCCAUGUCGCCGGAUGGCUAUGUUACCAUCACCGGCCGCAUCAAGGACCUGAUCAUCCGCGGCGGGGAGAACAUCCACCCGCUGGAGAUCGAGAACUGUCUCCUGACAUGUCCGGGCGUGGCGGACGUGUCCGUGGUUGGCGUCCCGGAUGAGCGCUAUGGAGAGGUUGUGGCGGCGUUUGUUAUUCCACAGGAACAGAAUAGCGAAGCGACGCAAGAAGACACUAUCAGGGAAUGGGUUCGUCAUGGAUUGAGCCACCAUCUUGGUAAGAAUUGUCGAUGUGUCUUUCAUGUACAACCACUGACACGCAGCAGUCCCGAACCAUACGCUCAGUGGAUCUCUCAACUGAGAGGCGCCAUGUUUGUGGGAUUUGACGCAGAGUUUAGCGUAUACGGAGUACAUACGGAGUACAGUACGCAUCUCAGCAUCCUUCUAGAUAUGGCGCACCCAAUCGAGUGGCGCACUUUCUACCCCACAUCACAGAUUCCCCCACCCACCCCACGGAUGACUUCGGAGCCGCAGCUGUCCGGACGAAGAAUUCAAGUCGCCGGGGCUAUAGGAGCAGGAAAGACUACUUUCGCACGGCGACUAGGCAAGGCGCUUUCGAUACCGGUAUGCGAACUCGACUCCCUCUUCCACGAGUCCAGAGCUGGUGGUGCACUAUCGGCAGACGACGCCCGACGUACCGUCCAGGCUCUUGUCGAGUCAAACGACGAGUGGAUUCUGGACGGCAAGUACGUUGUUGCGAUUCCGCCUGAGGAAUUCAUGCUCAAUCAAGGCACAGCCACUGGGUUCAGUUGA